AUGUCUAUAUACUUGUCACGGAAGGAAACGGAACUAGAUGUUCUCAAAGCAAGUCAUAAUGAGCUGGCUGGUCGAAUCAAGGCAGCUGAGGCCCACGGUAAAACUCUAGUCUGGGUACCCCACGAAAAAGAUGGUUUCGUUCUCUCCUUUAUAAUCGACGAACCGGAUAAUGAAGGAUACGUGCAGGUUGAGUUACUGGAUUCGCAUGAACGUCAGCGUGUGAGUCGUGAUGACUACCAAAAAGUGAAUCCACCUCGAUUCGAUAAGUGUGAAGAUAUGUCAAGCAUGUCUUGCCUGAAUGAAGCUUCCGUUUUACACAACCUACGGCAGCGCUUCUUCUCUAACCUUAUAUAUACGUACUCUGGACUGUUUUGUGUUGUUGUUAAUCCUUAUAAACGGCUUCCCAUCUAUACUGAUUCCAUCGCAGAACAAUAUAAGGGAAAGAAGAGAAAGGAGAUGCCACCUCAUAUUUUUGCUGUCACUGAUGAGGCUUAUCGUAAUAUGCUGCAAGAUCGGGAGGAUCAAUCUAUUUUGUGCACGGGCGAAUCAGGUGCUGGCAAGACGGAGAACACGAAGAAGGUUAUUCAAUAUCUCGCCCACGUUGCCGCACCGAGAUCAAGUAGCAGCAAGGGUCGUCUUGAAGAACAGCUUCUGCAAGCAAAUCCUAUUUUAGAGGCUUUCGGCAAUAGUAAAACAAUAAAGAACGACAAUUCAUCGAGAUUCGGCAAAUUCAUCAGAAUUCAUUUUGAUGCUGCUGGUGCUAUAUCAGGAGGGAAUAUAGAAUUUUACCUUCUGGAAAAGUCUCGUAUUCUUCGGCAGUCAGCUGAUGAACGAUGUUUUCAUAUCUUUUAUCAGCUGCUCAAAGGAGCCAGCGCCGAGCAGCGGGGUGCGCUUUUGCUUGAGUCCAGCCCGAGUCAAUAUAAUUUCUUAUCUAACGGUGACAUAUGCAUACCGGGAGUUGAGGAUGCUGGCGAAUUUGAGGAGACGUUGCGUGCAAUGAAAAUUGUUGGUUUUCAAGACGAUGAAAUUCAGGCUAUCCUGCGUAUCAUUUCGGCAGUUUUGUUAUUUGGAAACCUUCAAUUUUCACACGAAGGCAAAAAUUCGGAUCAAGCUGUGCUACAGAAUGAUGGUGUAGCUCAUAAGAUAUGCACGCUGUUGGGGCUGAAUCUUGGUGAAGUCAUGAAGGCUUUUCUGAAGCCGAAAAUAAAAGUGGGCCGUGAGUUUGUUCAUCGUAGCCAGAAUGAAGAGCAGGCAAGAUUUUCUGUUGGAGCUAUUUCCAAAGCAUGCUACGAGCGACUAUUCAGAUGGCUGGUACAACGCCUAAAUAGGUCUCUAGAUCGCACUCGCCAGCAUGCUGUUUCCUUUGUAGGAAUUCUCGACAUUGCUGGCUUUGAAAUUUUCGAGAUGAACUCGUUUGAGCAGCUUUGCAUCAACUAUACCAACGAAAAACUGCAGCAAUUGUUUAACAACACCAUGUUUGAGAAAGAACAGCAAGAAUACCUCAAUGAAGGGCUUGAAUGGGAUAUGAUCGAUUUUGGACUCAACCUCAAACCCACGAUCGACCUUAUCGAGAAGCCGAUGGGUAUUUUAUCCACUCUCGAUGACAUUUGCCUUUUCCCACAAGGAAACGAUACUGGAUUUGUUGAAAGGCUAGCGGCUCAACAUCACAAUCACUCAAAAUAUCUCGUUCCGGAAAUGCGUUCAAAAAGUGACUUCGCUAUAGUGCAUUAUGCUGGUCGCGUUGAUUAUCAGGCACAGGGUUGGCGUGUAAAGAACAUGGAUCCUUUGAAUGAGAAUGUGGUUGAACUCCUUCAGCUCAGCAAAGACUCGCUUGUUUGUGAGAUUUGGAAAGAUGUGAGCGAUAUGUGCUGCAUGGCUGCGACAGAGGUUGGAGAGGCGGCGGCUGUUUUUGGAGGUCGUGUUAAAAAAGGAAUGUUCCGAACGGUCUCGCAGAUGCAUAAAGAACAACUUACUCGUCUUAUGACCACGCUUAACAACACGAAUCCGCACUUUGUACGGUGCAUCAUUCCCAACCAUGAAAAGCGCCAUGGAGUUCUGAAUGCUCACCUCGUCCUAGAUCAAUUGAGAUGCAACGGAGUUCUUGAAGGAAUCAGGAUAUGUCGUCAAGGAUUUCCCAACAGGAUAACAUUCCAGGAAUUUCGACAGCGGUAUGAGAAGUUAUUAGCACCAAAUGCCAUCCCUCAUGGUUUUAUGGAUGGGAAGGAGGCUGUUCGUCGAAUCCUCGAAGCAAUCGAUGUACAGCCAUCCCUUUAUCGAAUUGGGCAAUCGAAAGUGUUCUUCCGAACUGGAGUUAUUGCUGGGCUUGAGGAGGACCGUGAUGAGAAGCUAGCUGUGCUUGUUGUUCGCUUUCAGGCGCUUUGUCGUGGUGUGUUAGCUCGUGCUGAUUUCAACAGACGCCGAGAAAAAGCUGCUGCCAUUCGUAUAAUCCAGCGCAAUGGUUUGGCUUGGAUACGACUUCGAGGAUGGCUUUGGUGGAGGCUUUUCACUAAGGUGAAGCCCUUGCUGGAAAUAACCAAUAAGGAUAUGUUAAUCGCUGAAAAAGAACAAGAGCUCAAAACUACUUCUGAAAAGCUGAGAAGAAGUGAAAUAUUCAUUAACGACAUGUACCGUAAGAUUGAAAAGUAUGGCGAAGAGAAAUCACGUUUACAAGAGAAGUUGGACCUGGAGAGUAUGGAACGCGCAGAAGUAGAUGAAGAAAGACAGCGCAUUGCAGCUCGGAAGAUGGAGCUGGAGACCGCUCUUGACCAAAUGGAGAAACAGUUGCACGCCGAAGAGCAACGGCGUGAGGUUGCUGAGCGUGAGCGGAAGAAGUUGAUGGAUAAUGUUCACGACUUGGAGCAUCAUCUAGAGGAAGAGGAGCGAACUCGACAAACGCUACAUAUAGAAAAGGUAGAAUUAGAGAAGAAGUUAAGAGACCUGGAAAGCCAAAAUAUGGAAAAUGAGGAGGCUGCUGGACGGCUAAUAAAAGAGAAACGAGCAUUGGAAGAAAAGGUCAAGGAACUGUCAGCUCGUUUAAUUGAUGAAGAAGAGAGAACAAAAUCGCUCCUCAAGCAGAAAAGUAAAGUCGAAAUUUCUGCAGUCGAUUUACAAGACGAACUGGAAAGAGAGAAAGCAGCAAGAAACGAAGCCGAAGCAUCGAAACGAGCACUCGAAGGUGAACUACGAGAAGAAAAGGAUACCGCCGCAGAGCGUCUCCGAAAAAUCGAGGAGCUCGCCCAAAUGUUGAGUCGCAAGGAUGCUGAGCUCGUUCAGAUCAAACUAAGAAACGAUGAGGAAACAGCGACACGACAGCAGCUAGAGAGAAAUCUACGUGAGUUGCAGUCUCAACUAGAUGACGCAGUGGAGGAUCUCAAGCAGGAGCAAGCGUUAAGAGUGAAAUCCGAGAAAGCACGUCGCGAUCUAAGUGAACAAGUGGAGACCUAUAAACUUGAGUUGGAGGAAUCUCAGGACAAGAGCGCCUCUCACCAUGCAAUGAGAACAAAGCGAGAGGAGGAGUACAACUUGUUGCAGAGCCAACUAGCCGAGAGCAUACGCGAAGCUGAUCAAAGAUAUGAAGCACUGCGUGCUAAACAUAUGAAACAGAUUGAAGAGCUAGGCGAGGAGAUGGAUCAGCUCAAACGAGCCAGAGCUGCGUCAGAGAAAGCCCGAACUCAGCUGGAGAACGAUCUCGUCAAUACUCAAGCUGAGUUGGCGACUCUUCAGUCUUUGAGAAGUGAUAGUGAACGGAAAAGAAAGCUGGCAAGUGAUCUGGAAGCUGCUAUGAAAGGACGUGAAUCAGAUGCAGAGGCCAACGGUAGUCUGCUAAAGAAAAUCGCCAAUCUUGAAAUGGAAAUUUCUGAGAUGGCUGAAGAAGCGACAUCGCUGAAGUCUCAGCUGUCAGAUGCUCGUAAACGAUUGGAUGAGGAGAUUUCCGAUGCGGUGGCAGAAGCACAGCGUAAACUAUCUCGUGAGCUAGCGGCUGCUGAAGCACGAGUCAGUGAAGCCGAAGCUGCUCGCGACAAAGCGGAGCGUGCCAAAGUGAAAGCACAGCAAGAGGCCGAAGAUGCUUGCCGCGAAAUCUCGGAAAUCACUGCUUCAGUUAGAGAAUGUGAGCGUAAACAAAGAAAGUUUGAUCAACUGUUGGCCGAAGAAAAAGCUAACACCGCAAAAGUUAUGGCCGAUCGAGAUGUUGCUCAACAGCAGGCUAGAGAUGCGGAAACGCGCCACUUGAAUGCGGUCAAAGAAAUAAAAGAUCUUCGCAGUCAAAUAGAUGCUAUGGAGAAGGAACGACGAAUAUUGCGCCUCGAAGUUGACAACUUAGUCGGUUCCCUCAUUCUUCGAUUUGCUUACAGUUCGCCCGCAUGUUUUUUGAAUGCCUCGACAAAGGACGACGCGGGGAAAAGUGUCUUCGAACUAGAAAAAGCGAAAAAGCGUUUGGAGGAGGAGCUCAUGGAGGCUAAGGAGCAGGUACGUUCAGUUACUUUGAGGUUAUCUCAUUGUUUUACUACCGAUUACUACAUUGAGAGUUGGAUGUCGCACAUGCUUUCGCAAUUUCAGAUAAUUGAAUUGGAAGAUGCUCUACAAAUGGCUGACGAUGCAAAAACAAGAACGGAGGUCAUGCAUCAAGCAGCGAAACAGGACUGGGAGAGACAGCUAUCGCAGAAGAACGACGAGGAGGAAGAUCAACGACGAUCUCUUUCAAAAAGGUUGCGUGAAUUGGAAGAAGAACUGAAUGUGGAACAACGAUUCAAAGCGCAAGCUGCAGCGUCAAAGAAAAAGUUGGAAGCGCAAAUAGUGUCAUUGCAAGAGGAAAUCGAACACCUGACAAAACAAAACGAAGAGUCAUGCAGGCAGAUCCGUCGUAUACAACUCAGCGCCAAGGAGGCUGAGACUGAAGGAGCUGAAGCUAGAGCGGCCAUGGACGAAGCCCUAUGCAAAGCGAGAGAUGCUGAGAAGCGAUUGCGUUCGGCUGAAGCAGAUAUCUCUCGUCUGAGCAGUGAGCUGUCAUCGUGUCAAUUAGCUCGUAGAAAAGCCGAGACAGAACGGGAUGAUGUCGCCGAAGAGCUAGCGACAUUACGCCAAGGAGGUAUAAUGGGACAAGAGGAAAAGAAGAAGUUUGAAAAAAUUAUCGCGGACUUGCAAGAUAUGCUUGAAGAAGAGCAAACAAGCAACGAGUUGGUGAAUGAAAAGCUGAAGAAAGCUCAAGCACAGGUCGAACAACUAACUUCCGAAUUGACCAUGGAGCGGUCCUUGUGUGAACGGGCAGAUGCAGAUAAAGUAACCCUGGAACGAACUGUUCGAGAGCUGAAAUCUCAGUUGCAAGAUGCUGAAUCAGCAGCAGCGACUCGUGUUCGCAGCCAGCUUGCCGCAGCUGAAGCGAAGGCGCAAAUGUUAGAGCAGCAAUUACAAGCAGAAGAACAGGAGAAAGCUCGCGUCUGCCGUCAGGCUCGUCGACUUGAAGCCCGAAUAAUGGAGAUGAAUGUACAGUUUGAAGAGGAAAGGCGUCAAAUUGAGCAACAUCGUGAAUCGUGUGAACGUGCCAACUCGCGGUACAAGGCAGAAAGACGUCGUGCUCAAGAGUUGGAGGAAGAAGUAGCAGCUGCGAACUCCAAAUAUCGAGAAGCUUCAAGGCAACUUAUGGAUCUAAAUGAUGCGAACGACGCCCUCACAAGAGAAGUGAAUGCUCUACGGGUAUGA